UGCCAUAGCGACCAUUUUACGUUAACUGGCUUGUGGGUUCGGUCCAGGUAGCAGGGCGACCGCGGGGUCCACUCCUUCUCCGCCCGUUCUGUCUCGGCCCCCUGCGGCCGAAGGGCCUGGGGCAGGCUCCGGGGGUCGGGCCUAGGGCUGCGCGGCGCCCCGCGGAGCGGGAUGGCUGCGGAAGAGGAUGAGGUGGAAUGGGUGGUGGAGAGCAUCGCUGGGUUCCUGCGAGGCCCGGACUGGUCCAUCCCCAUCUUGGACUUUGUGGAGCAGAAAUGCGAAGUUUUUGAUGAUGAAGAAGAAAGCAAAUUGACCUAUACAGAGAUUCAUCAGGAAUACAAAGAACUAGUUGAAAAGCUAUUGGAAAGCUACCUCAAAGAAAUUGGAAUUAAUGAAGAUCAAUUUCAAGAAGCAUGUACUUCUCCUCUUGCAAAGACCCGUACAUCACAGGCCAUUUUGCAACCUGUGUUGGCAGCAGAAGAUUUUACUAUCUUUAAAGCAAUGAUGGUCCAGAAAAACAUUGAAAUGCAGCUGCAAGCCAUUCGAAUAAUUCAAGAGAGAAAUGGUGUAUUACCUGACUGCUUAACAGAUGGUUCUGAUAUGGUCAAUGACCUUGAACAGGAAGAGAUGAAAAUCCUGAGGGAAGUUCUUAGAAAAUCAAAAGAGGAAUAUGACCAGGAGGAAGAAAGGAAGAGAAAAAAGCAGUUAUCAGAGGCUAAAACAGAAGAACCUCCAGUGCACGCUAAUGAAACUGCAGAAAUGAAGAAUUCCCAGGGGGAUGGUGAACAUUUUGCACACCCACCCUCAGAAGUUAAAGUGCAUUUUGCUAAUCAGUCAGUACAACCUUUGGCAAGAAAGCCGGAAAUGCUGUCUGAAACUUCCUCCUUCCCACAAAAAGGCCUGAAGAUCCCUGGCCUGGAACAUGCAAGCAUUGAAGGACCAAUAGCAAAUUUAUCAACACUUGGAACAGAAGAGCUCCGACAACGAGAGCGCUAUCUCAAGCAGAAGAGAGAUAAGUUGAUGUCCAUGAGAAAGGAUAUGAAGACUAAGCAGAUACAAAACUCGGAGCAGAAAGGAAAGCCUGCUGGGGAGGUAGAGGAAAUGACAGAGAAACCAGAAAUGACAGCAGAGGAGAAGCAAACAUUACUAAAGAGGAGAUUGCUUGCAGAGAAACUUAAAGAAGAAGUUAUUAAUAAGUAAUUUUAAAAACAACCUAGCAAAACAGUUCAAAUUUUCUUAAAAAUAAAUUAUUUAAUCCUUAAACCGAG